AUGGUCUCUGAAAUUAUAGGUAUCUGGUGUGCUUUGAUGAACAACCAGUCGUCAUCGGAUUUGGACUUGGAAUCUGAGGCUGACAUUUAUGAAGUGAUAUCAGUAGAGGAACUGCAUCAACAACCGAUGUCUUCGCCGGUGAAAUUUUUAAGGACUGACUGUGCUGAGCGUGUAGCAGACACCAUACCUGCUGAAACAACAGUAUCUGUCACAGCCUUAGGAGUACCUUCUGCCAGAAUACCUAGUAAAGAGAGUACUGGGGUGACACCAUCACUAUCAAGGGAGAAAAUCACAUCUCCUAGAUUGUCUCCUAAAUCAUCCUAUGUUCUCCAGAGGUCAUCCCCUCCGUCACCAAAAACAACUUUAAGAGGCCAUUCUGAACCUCAAGUCAUCUUUAGCUCGGAAGCUUUCCAUGGUCAAGAAAUUGUGGAAAUCAGAGCAAUGGCUUCCUCAGAGAGACGGGAAUCUCUUCGGUUGUCACCAAAGCCAUCUUCUGUCACAGCUGAAUGGGCAACACAAACUUCCAGAUCAUCACUCCCGAGGAUUGAUAAAGCCACACAGAUGUCUAGAACUUCACUCCUUUUAAUCAGUCAAGCCUCCCAGACAUCAAGAACAUUGCUACCAGUAGCUAAACAAGAAUCAAGACCAUUGCUUCCUUCUAUUGACCAGGUGACUCAGAUAUCCUGGAUAUUGCCACAGGGCAUUGAUAUGGGACAUCAAUCAGUGGCAUCAUCUGACCAGGGCUCACAGAUGUCAUCAGUCAAUCUGCAGGAUCAGGGCACACGGAUGAUUACUCCUUCUGGGAUGCCAGUAACUGAAAAAACACUUGAGCCAAAGAGGCCUCAAGUGAUUUGCCAAUCCUCAUCGGUUGAUGAUGAAAAACAGACUGAACGUGAUAUCAGUCUUGGAGGUGUUAUGGCUAACGUGGCUGAAGAACCUGCAAAGGAUAAGAUGUGGACUCUCUACCACUUAGGGCAGAAGACAACCGAAGGGCUGUUCUCCACACAAGUACUAUCUGGACCUCCAUUCAAUGGAGAGGCCUACAUCCGAAACUUUGGGCCAGGGGCUGUGCUUCUAGCAGAGCGACCUCAUCGGAGAAUGAAAUCACUUUCAGCCCCCAUUAGGGGGAAGCUAGUUUCAGCCAGUGCUUUUAAGCCUGGGCAGGGGCUGUACUCCCUCAGACCCAGUGAGAUGGUCAUCCGGCCUCCUCAUCCACCAAGUAGGUCCUCCUCCAAUCUGCCAGACUAUGUGUUGGUGGUGGACACUGAGGAUGUAAAUCGGGACAAUGACUCUAAUGCAGCAGGAACAAGCCAAGUCCAAACGAAAUCCUCUGAAUAUUGA